ACAGAAAAAUCCUACUUUAUAGAGUGGCUUUUUAUUUUUUCGUGUUCAAUUUCCACAUUUUAUGGAUAUGUCUACAUUAAUGAAAUGAAAUCAUUUCUGCAUACAUUUACUAUAGGCGUUUAAGAAGGAGGGUCUGAUGUGCCAUGCCCACCCUAAAACUGGCUCGUGCCUCCAAAAUGCGAAUGAAGCUUCACAAAAUUGUUUUUAAGUUAUAUACGUUUUUUAAGUAAUCAAUGCCCCUUUCCGCCCCUAAAAAUAAUUCUAAAUACAUUCACUACUAUCCAAGCAUUGCUUAUAAUGCACCAGUGAGAUGGAGUAAACCAAUAGUGCAGGUGAUUUUAUAUUGCAAACAUUAAGAAUGAAUAAAGAUAAAAGAGAACCAGAGUAUCCUGUUGAGUUAGAAUCACAGUUUAUUUUGAGAUUACCUGAAGAACCUGCAAAAUCGCUCAGAACCGCCCUUAAUUCUGGAGAGAAUUUUAAAAACAGACUUACCAUUAAAAUCGAGAAUGAUAUGCGUCAUGGUGAAGUUCGCUUUGACCAUUGGUUGUUAUAUGGUAAAAUAGUUGACCUACCUACUAUAGUGGAAUCUUUAAAAACUAUUGAUAGGAAGAGUAUUUACAAGACUGCAGACAUUUGUCAAAUAAUGAUCUGCAAAGAAGAAUUAGAUCCUUCUUCCACUGAAGACGAAUCUCCAACAAAAAACAAAAAGAAAGACCCUUUUAAAGUUGAUAAAAAAUUUCUUUGGCCUCAUGGUAUAACUCCCCCUACUAAGAAUGUUAGAAGACGACGCUUCAGAAAAACAUUGAAAAAGAAGUGUGCAGAAGCACCUGAGAUUGAAAAAGAAGUAAAAAGACUUUUGCGAGCUGAUAAUGAAGCUGUAUCUUACACUUGGGAAAUAAUUAAGGAGGAGGAUGAUCAGAAUAUGAAACCAGAACCUAGCACCUCAUUCAAAGGAGAUAAGGUUAAGAAAAAACAAAAAGUAAAGGUAGAAACUAAAAUCUCUAAUGAUUCAUCAUCCAAGGUAGAAGACAUAUUUGGAGGUAGUCUGAGUGAUAGUGAUUUAGAAGAUGAAAAUGUUAACAUUGAUGUAGAUGAUAGUCGUUUAUCUUGUGAUGAUCUAUCAGAUUCAUUCCAUGUCACUGGAGACUUAAAAAAUAAACAGUAUACUCCGCAUUUUGGUUCUGAAUUUUAUCCUUCACAAAGAUCACAUAACAUUUCUGAAACUUAUGAAUCCUCAUCACAAGGUGGUCAAAACAUGGAUUACUCUUUAGAGGAUUCUUUGACCCAACCAAAUGAAAAUAGUGUAAUGUCUCAGCUUCAACAGUUAAGCGCAGAUUUAGAAGAAUUAAAAGAAAGACGCCAUAGAACACAGCAAGAAAUUGCAGGAAUGGAAAAUAUGACUUUGAAACAAAGAUUUCAAGACAUACUUCAGAAUUUAAAUAAAGAAAUAAUGUAUAAAGAAUUGGAAUAUCAAAAUCUCUUGACAAAAUAAAUAAAUGUUACAUGUAUUGUUUAAAUCUAUAUUAUAUGCGUAUCUAAAUAAAUUAUAUAUUUAUCUAUCAUAUAAA